AUGACCCCUGUCGUGACUACGACGUCUGCACCUGUCCCAACUGAUGUCACAGUUGAACCCACCGCCACCCCAACCACAACCACCACAGACGUCACGACCAAGGCGCCGACGACGAUCCCAGUCACGACGGACUUGCCCGUUGUCACGGCCAAGACGGAGGAACCACUCUCGAAUUCUACCUUACUGAUCUUGAACGGCACGAAUGCCCCCGUCACGACGGUGUCCAGCGACAACAUCUUUGACAAAACCCCUUCCCCGACCAAUGAAGGAGGCGCCCCGUCGGGAAACAACUUGGUCACGGACGCACCGAUCCCGUCCCGUCCUAGCUCGGCCCCUCGGACGACGCCCGUGCCAGGAGCAGCGCCAACCGUGGCAGACGUCGACCCGUCACAAGCCACAGUCGCUGGGUCCGACACGAGCGGCAACAAGACAAAUCGUUAUGUGUUCAACGCCGUCGUCGGGCUCACGCUCGUCUUCCUUGCGUUCUUCCACUACCUGGCCAUUGACCCGUCGUUCUUGGCCCCCGAGUCAGCGACUGGCGCUUUCACCGCCCCCAACUCGUGGGAGCUCCCGUCGUUCGCGUCGUUCAUGCAAUUCGUGGCCGUCGUGUCCUGUGCGAGUGUCGAAGCGCCCCAUGCGAUCUUUGCCUCGUUCACCGACUCGUUCUCGUGGCUCAACUUUAUCGUGCGCGGUUCCGCCAACUCGGGCAAGCCGUCGGCUGUUGUCGCAUCUAGCUUGCUCACGGACUUGACGUCGUCCCAUCGAGCCCUUGAAGCCACGGGCUCCGUGUACGACGCGUUUGGGUUUUACCAAUUUUCCCUGCGCAUGAUCGUGUUGGAGAACGACCUGUUCCUGCGCGCGUGGACGUUCUUCUUCAUCGUGCUCGUGUGUUUGCUCGUGCUCGUGAUCGCGACGGCGGCCGUGUCUCAGUUCACGGGCCGCCGCACGCCGUUCACCCAGUCCGACUCGGGGAGCUACACGUCGACGUUGAGAGAUGCGAGCCGUCGGUUGCAGGGGAUAACCGUGUGGUUUGUCACCAUGGCGGUCCUUCCGCUCUCGACCGUGUCCAUGUAUGAGCUCAUGCGCGACAUCACGUCGGCAAUUGGGUUCGGUUCGAUCUCGGGCGUGUUUGCGCUCAUCUCCCUCGUUGUCAUCGGUGUGGGCAUUCUCGCCGCGGGCUACAUGAUUCUUCGUCACACCGAGGUGCAACUGAGCAAGUAUCGCACCAAGAUCACGUUUGGCGUUCUGUACACCAACUUCAAAUUUGAGUUCCGAGCGUUCUUUGCCGCGGCGCUCCUGCUGCAGUACGCGACGGGGGUUCUCUUGGCGGGGGUCGUCGCGCCGUCGACGCAGCUCAUCUUGCUCAUGGCGCUACACGCCGCGUACAUUGUGCUGGUGGUCGUCCUGCGCCCGUUCGUGUCGACGUUGCAGCUCGUGUUCACGAUCGUGUUUGAAGUCGUGGUUGUGGCGGUCUUCGGGCUAUCGUACGCCAUGUCCAAGGCGACGACAAUCGACUCCAAGCUCACGCUGGCGUAUGUCGUCGUUAUCCUCGUCUGUGUUGUCAUUGUCGCCAUGUUCAUCCGCAGCUUGAUCAAGUUGUGGACGUUCGUGGUCGGCGCCGGCUCGCACGACCUGUCGACCCGCACGAACGGCGUGAUUCCACCCCUCCAGUCGGCCGAGUUGAACAGUAAUCGUGGUGCCGACACAAUUUCGCUCAACAGCGGCAGCCUUGGCAGUGACGACUACGCAACCCUCGCGACCCCGACCAAAACGGUCAAGCUCGUCGACACAAAUGCCAAGCAAGUUUAAUCGCUAACGACACAGCGUUGCAUGGUUU